AUGACGAUCCUGGGGGUUCACAACAAGCGACAAGACUGGCCCAGCGCCUUGGCCACCAUCCGGGACAUGAGGAGCCGAGGCGUUUCCGUUGACAGCCUCGCGUUGAACGUCACACUCUCUACAGGGGUUGCCGCGGACAAGGUGGACGAAGUCUUGGAGCUUCUGACUGAGGCAGAGCAGAUGAAGCCAUCGGUUGCAGACGUCGUGUCCUACAACACCCUCAUCAAGGCGUUUACACAACGGGCCAACUACGACGCAGCUUGCGAGGUGAUGCAGAGAAUGAAGGCCCGCCGGAUUUCUCCCAACGCGAUCAGCUUCAACACGAUCAUGGAUGCCGCCGUGCGCGCGGGGCGGCCCGAAGAAGCUUGGAGCCGACAGCAGGAGAUGCGACAACAUGGCUACAAGCCGGACAAGUUCACAUGCUCGAUCCUGGUCAAGGCCUUUUGCAAAGCCGGGGUGAGCACCAAAGAGGAGACUGUGGGCCGGGCCAUAUCCUUGCUCGAUGAGGCUGAUGACUGUCUGGAUGCGAACCUGAAGGCAACCUUGUACAACAAUGUACUCGAGGCGGCCACGAAGGCUGACAUGAGCGCCUCGGUGCUGAAGGUUAUGCAGCAGAUGCGACAUCGACGAGUCAGCACAGCACAGACUCAUCAGAAAUCCAUCGCAAGCGCGUUGCUGGAUGAGAGCGGACAGUGA